ACCAGGAACCCGCGAACAGGCCAUUGGCCUAUAUAAAUCGUAUGUCGGGUGUGUUUUAAACAGCGGUUUUUAGCUGGAAUCAGUCUGGGCUCAUCUCUCAGCGGCAUCUGUGGGUUCAAGGGCUGAUUUCUGAUUUUCUUGAGCUGUACCAACCAUGGCUCAUCAACAGGCUGCGGAUGAUAAGCAUACGGUUCGCCGCAGUGGUCUUAUCUUACAUCCAUCAGAUUAUUCUAGAGAAGAACGUCCCCAGACACCUGAACCACAGCUGGAUAAAGAGCGUAAAUUUGUUGGAUGCUUAAAGGAUGAACUUUUAAGGCAAAACAUUAACCUUAAAACAUUGCAAUGGACGCCGGAGACUGGGGUAGAUAACCCUGAACAUGUGAAGAAAUUGGUAGAAAUCCAGGAACACCAUGACCACAACGAGCGAAUCAUUCUCGCAUUCCCUGGAUCAUUUGUAAAGGCUCAGCUGGUACAGGCAGUUAACAUGAUAGUGAAACGUAAGUGUGCCUUUGUGACAGUCAUAAUGUAUCAGAAUGAAUACAUUGAAUUCCCCCAUGACCUUGACGCAUUCAAAGUGCAAAGGAUUUUGGUCAACAGGCCUAUGAAAGAUAUUGAGGGGAUAGUCGGCGAACUGAAGAAUUUCAUUAUAGAUAACCCAGAGGACCUAAAGCUUGCCUUCCUCAAUUUUGGCAAUGGCCUCGCCUGGUCAUACUUUUUUGGAUAUCUCUCACCCAUGCUACCAGAUUUGGAGAACAUCAUUAUGCAAUCGCCCUGGCGCAAAGGAGUUGGCAAAGAUGUCCCAGUGGAGACUAUUUCAAAGAAAAUGCUGAUUUAUCCCAAGGUUGAGAUCAAGAAAGGGGACCUCAGUCUUGGCCGCUUGAUAUUUCACAAGAAUGAGGUACAAGUGAAUAGAGCAGGAAUUGACAGGAGGUACGAGAUUGACAUCAGGGAGGUGAAGUCACAAGAUCAAACAGAGACUUACUAUGGUAUUGCAGACUAUGCCAAAUGUUUGCAAAUGCUGAUAAAGCUACGCGGUGGGUUAUUUGACAUGAGUGAAGAAAUGAUGGUGAAACAAGGCAAAUACUUCAGGGAGAGAUUGUGGCUAUUUCUGUACGGAGGAUGUAUGCGGAAAUACAACGAGAAAUACAACAUCCAUCCUUCAAAGUUUCAGCUGAUGAGCUACGACACCCCCCGGAAAGCCUCUGAAGACCAGCUGGUGGAAGACCUUUUUCAAAGGACAAAAGAAGCCUGUCGCCCAAGAUCCCCUCCCACGGCUGCUGGUGAGGUUCCCACAGAAGAAAUUGGAAUCAUCUGCCUGCCACAUGUUAAAGAUGUCAUCAAGAGAUUUGUAGGGGAAUUGCAAGAUGGAGCUUCAACCAGGGACCUCCUUGCUGAGCAGGAAUUCGAUUCAACACUUCACAAAUUAAAGAAGGUCUUCAUGGUGCUCACAGAUGAAUUGGUCACCUCAGACAGAUUCGAAGACAUUUUCUACACUAUUCUGCGUCAUGGUUACGAUGUGAAUGACAGGCGGUUGCUGGUGUGUUUGGAUUGUCUAACCAGUGCUACUGCCAGUCACCCAGCACUGCAGCUGCUCUUGCUUUUCAAGCGCAUCAGUUUCAGUGAUCCAGAAUGGGAGCACAAGGUCAAGACAGAACUUGAAGGUGUUUCACAGGAAAUCACCUAUGACCUGAUGUUCCACAACAUUGGAGCUGGGUUUGCCUUGAGUUUCUACUAUGGAUACCUCCACUUUAAGAUUCCAUCCAUGAAAAACGUCGUAGCGGAGACACCGGAACUUCGAAAGAAAUUCGAAGAUCGCUUGAUGUCGUACAAGCUUUUCAUUCUCCACCCCCAUACUUGUCAAGUUCAAAAGAAGGUGUCAGAUGCAGAUUCAAACAUCAUAGACAGAGACGAUGAUGAAGAACUGAAGAAUAUCACGUUCAAAGACAUCACCCAUGAUCGGCGUGAUUAUUCACCAAAGAUGAGCAGCAUUGUUGACCCCGCCACAGGGAAAAAAUAUUUUGUCUUCGUUGAGUACAACACUCAAGCAGAAACCUUACGCAGGAUGAUGAAAGAAGGCUUCCUCGAUGAGGCGCUACUCUCUGCCGAAUGGGAACGUUUCUCUAACAAGCUGAACCAACUCAUUGUGCACCCAAAUGAAACACUUGGCUGCAAAAACCGCAUGCAGAUCAUCAGAUAUGAUGACACAACUGUGACAGACCUCGCCGAGACCAUUCUUGACAAGGUCAAACAAGAGAUACAGAAGGAAAAUGGUGUCCUGGACCUGUAAUGUUGUGAGGAGGCGAACGUUUGCAUCGAGGUUUACCAUCGGAGUUGCAUCUCUAUAUU